UAGAUAGUGUACUGUUACGCACAGUUUGCCUUAUUGACGCGACAGAGAAAGGGAGAGGAAGCAAACAAAGGACUGAGUUUGUUUACAGGUUUACAGACUGAUUAAAACACUUCAUUCUUUUUUGUUGUGUUUCAUGUUACUUUUUGAAGCUUCACUUGGACUAUGUAUUAGAACACCACCAGAGGCACGAUCCCGAAAUGCAUUCAAGACCACCAAAUUCGUCCGAUGGCUCGACCGCAGUAACAGCAUCGGAGGCCAGCGGAGGAGAUCUACCACCUGUCGGUGCCACAGGAGCUCAAACAUCCCGUUUAAACCGCGGCUCUACCGGAGGAGGAGAACCGGAUUCGCCUUCCUGGUGCAGAACCCCGAAGAGCUUUGACGUUUUUCAGAGCCGGACGAUAUUCCGCUUCCCUCGCCGUUCCUCCAGUGGAUAUUUUUCCUCUGACUGCGACUCGUUGCCGAGCUCUCCGCUCUCCCCGAAGCCAGUGAUGUCUGACAAAGCGAUACAGACCCCGAGCCCCACCGGACAGGUGCUAAUACACGCCCUGCAGCGCAUGGGUGAGGUGCGCGGUGAAGGACCGGGCACGCAACACGAUCCGUCACCCAGCCCCUCUAGGACGUGGCAGCAAAACGCAGCAGGGGACAUGCAGGCAGAGACAUUCGGACAACAGCUCAGACGAAUAGGAGACGAGUAUAAUCGUCUCCUAUUGCAAAGGAGGGCACCUAGACCGGUUGUUCUCCUGCCAAACAUAUUGCCUCAUAUUCACCAGGAGCCUGUCACCCUUAUCUGUGUAAGCCUCCUGCUGAUACUGAUUGGGCGAUGGAUUUGGAUACAAGGCAAUACGAACACCCAGGACUCUCAGAUUUAGAAUUAUAGCGGUAGACCUACAAACCCGGCAGACGUAGCAUUUUUUUACUAACUGUUUUUGGAUCUACUUUUUUGGGGGGACCUCAUUUUUAGCCUCUACUCUCUGCUUUUCCAUUCGCGAAAAAGACUCCUGUUGUUUCCUGGAACUCUAAUUAUUUUGUGUUUGCACCAAUGUUUUUCCGUCAUGGCCUCAAAGAUUUUGUGAUGCUACCAAAGAGGCAAGAUUUUGCACUCCUUUGUGGGCAGGGGCAGUCGCAAUACCUUAAUAUGCCUCUGCAAAAUGACGCCUGUGGAAAUUCAAAUGUGCCUUUAACAGUUUCUCGCUAGCUUUUUUUACUACUCUUUUUUUUUUGUACAAAGAUUGUGUUCUCCCAGGUCAAAAUAUCUCCUACCUGGACCAAGUUUGGAAUCUCUCCCGAUGUCUUUUUUGCUAAAAAACAAAACAUUGCACCUGCAUCAGAUUCUUUGCCAUCAAGCAGCAGACUCAUGACCUCUGUAGGAAUCAGCCGGACCAGACUUGCAUCAGUAUCCAACUUGUUUUUAAAAAUACUUGUGGCAGAUUGACAGCACACCAGCAUUUUAGAACUCAAAUGAAUUGGUUACUAUGUUUUUCUUGAAUCUAUAAUCUGGAUUAUUAUCCCUUAAAAGGUACUUUUAAGGUACUGAUAUAUAUAUAUAUCAGGAGACAUCUGUAUGAAUCUUCAUUUGUUUUCUAAACAUAUAUAGCAUAGAAAUUUGUUGUCUUCUAAAACUGCAAAAUUGAUGUUUUAUCACUGUGUUUCAUGACUACUUUAACAACAAUUGGUACAUAAUAUACAGCCCAACCUGAUAAUGAACUGAGCCCACCCAAGUAGAUUUUACCAUCUGCAUCUUUUAGCCUUUAUUAUAACACAAGAUGAUAUUGAACCAACUUCCUGCAGUAGUAGAUACAAGUCUUCCAGUCUCCACUAGAGAACUCAAAAAUGGGUUAUACCACCAAAUACUAUCCGUGUACAUGGCCUCCUACAAGAUGACAUCAAAAGGCAAUAACAGUUUUCUUCUUUGGUCAUUUUGUAUUCAGCAUUAAAGCAAAGAAAAAGAGUGUGUUAAUAACCAAAAUCGGAAUGUGAGUGUUCCAUUUUUGUUCAGUAACAAAAUUGGAGGAAUUGUUACUAAGUUGAAAUCCAGUUAGCAGAGUGGUGUUGAUGAACAAAGUGAACAACAAAACUAUUAAAUAGUGUCAUUUCAUAGUGUCUUGUUUAUGCAUUAUGCAACCUUUAAAUUUAAACGAAUCAACCAUUACUGUCUUCCACCUUCUUCGUUAAGCAUCUGGUUUUACCAUUAGCAGGCAGAGUGCAAUGGUUUCUUGACAAGGUCACGAUAUCCGUAUAUUAGCACAGUGAUUCAGACCUGGCCAAGUCUCCUUACGCUUGCCAGGUCAUUAAAUAGUUAGUUUGGGUUUUGGACAGACACCAAACAUUGAAUAGUGCAAGUCAAAGACUCUUAAAUAACUAAGUGAUUAGCGAACAGCGGAAAUAGAGGCUUCAGAUUAAAAACAUUUAUUUGUAUCUUUGAACUCUUGAUGCCAAUGAAAACUUUUGUUGUGUUAUAAUGUAAGAAUUCAUGAUCCUUUAAAAAAAUAGAUAUUGGGUUAUGUUACGAAAAGAAAUGUUACCACUUAAUCCUGAUUAAAUCUGAAGUAAAUACAAACAACUGAGUACACUGAGAGAGGAGGCUUUUAAUCCGAAAAGUUCUCUUCUUGUCUGUGUUUACAAAUAUCAGAAUUUACUCCCAUUUGAAUGUUGAGGGUAAAUAUACAUCAGUCCAUUUUCUUGACUUUGAACAUUGUUUGCUAUCUGAAAAUAAUGUGGUGUCAAAGCAUUAUGCAAAAAUACAUUUGACCGAAGCACUUUAUAAUACCAAAAGUGCAUGCUUCUACUAGGAAGGUUGAAGGAUAAACUGUGCACUACAGUUUAUUGGAGGUGGGAAAUCAAAUCAACCAAUACUUCUUAUGAUAUGAUUCAUGAAAAUUAGAGAAAAAAGACACAAAGAUAGAAUACCUGCUCUGUUUGACUGGCUUUUUUGAGAAUAGUCACAACAUCCCUACCUCCUUUAAAGCAUGGUACACAGCCAACUCCUUGAACUUUUCUGACAAACUUUACCAAGCAAGCAGACUGACUAGGUUUGGUUGGAGUAGUAAGCAUUAAACACUGUAUUUCAAAGGUCCAAUGUGAACACUGACCAAUUAUAUUUGUGUACAACUCAUGUUUUCCAUGUUGGUUUGAAUGGUACAAGUUGAAUAUUCCCAAAAUCAGUGACAUAAUAUACGUUAACUUGAUCGGUACCAAUAAUAAUAAAAUGACAUUGGCUAGUGUGCAUGUUUGUUUAAGCGUGACACAAACAAAAAUAGGGAAGUAUUUUUUAUACCCCUGUGAGCAACCUUGGAGAUGUACUGUGCUAUUAUGUGUGAUACAUGUGUUUGAUUUAAAACUUCAGAAACAAAGUAGUUCAAUCACUGUUGACGACUGCCUGUGAGGUUAGCCCAAAAGUUUGUUGUAACACAGCAAUGAUCAAAUGUAUGUUUGCACAGUUGUGUCAACACCACUGAAAAUCACUGAUACAUUAAUGUGCUGGUAUUUAUCACUGCUACAUAAGAAUUUCAGCUACUCUGUCAACUGUGUAAUCUUACAUUUUAAUAGUUAUUCAUCAGCUACAAGUGAUCAUUUUCAAGCUUUCUCUUAUGAUAUGAUGAGAUGGUUUAGGACUGUUCACUAAUUCAAGGUUCAAGGUUCUUUAAUUGAAGGUUUUGCAGGCAUUAUCUAAAGAUAUUUAGCAUUACUUGUAGUGGAUAAAGUCAUUAGAAUAAUCUGUACUUGUAUUGUUAAAAAUCCACUUCUGACAGCAGUGUCAUAUAGAUCAUAUUUGUCAUAUAGACAUUCCAGUACACAUCUGGCUUAUUGGUAUCAUGGGCUAUUGGGAACAUACCACUACAAGAUUAAAAUAAAAAAUUGCAACAAAGAGGCAUUAAUGGCCAUAAAAAAUACAUAUAAGAAGAUACAAAGAGAUUUAACAUAACCACAGAAAACCACAAAGAGCUCUUACCAAUGUAUUGUUUAUUUCCGAGAACCACAUUUGUCCCCUUCUGUUAGCAAAACUGCCACAGUGCAAACCUCGAAACCUAAACUGAAAAUGCAAACGUUGUAUCACACUACUUUCUGUUUCUGGUUGUAUUUCCUCAUUUUUCUAUCUUUUCCUGUUGGAGUAAUGUAUUGCAUACCAUGUAACCUUCAGAUUUGUCUCUGUUUGGAAUUGCACACGUUCCAAGUGUGUGUUCGUGUGUACCAAACCUAAGUGCUUUUGCUUUGUCUCUGCUGUGACACUGAGAUCGCUGUAACUGCGUGUUGAUUUUUGAUAUCGUGCCAUGUGAAACCUACAACCUCAUUUUGAAGUACUGUAUUACAGCUGGAGUGUGAGAGAAGAGCAUGGCAGGGAGGAAAUUGAAAGAUGAAUUAACGGUUUAUGAAACUGAUAUGGAAACCUGUCAAUGUGCAGAUUCUCCGCCUAUCAUUUGUAGGUGUUAGAGCACAGAAACACUUGUAUUACAUUCAGGGUUUUACUGACUCGCUUCAACACUGCUCAGGCUGCGUUCGCAUAUUGUGCUGUGCGCUUUGGGGUUUUAAGAUAACAGCUAUUAUCUACAUACAGUUAUGUGGAAAAAGCAAGUUGCAAGUUGUUGGCUCUUUUGGCAUAUCUUCAGUGCCGAUAAAUAAAGAUGGUCAACAUGAUAAGAAUUUUUCAAUCAUGAAUUUGACAAAAACAUGAACAGAUGUAAUCAUGUGUGGAGAAAGAGAGUCACCAUUGGUCUUGGUCCCCUUUGGCAGAAAUCAUUUUUAGCAGGUGUUUUGUAUAAUUGUUAUAAUUGUCCUCGCUAAUUGUCUAAAGUUGUAAGAUUUUUUAAGGGCUUUGCUGAAAUUGCUGCAUGUUUCUAAUCCCCCCAUAACUUUUAAAUGGGAUCAUAUUUGGGUUGUUGUAUAUGGCCUUUCAUGGCUAAUCAAAUCCAUAACCCUCAAUAUGUUCUUUUUGAGGCAUUCCUUAGUAGACUGGCAUAAUUGAUGGCACGUUUGGGCUGAUUACAACUUUUAGAUUUAUGAAAACUUCAGUUUGAAUCAGUCUGCCUUGUUUGGAAUUUAAGGUGUAUGUAACCGCCUAUUUGAAAUGUUCUAGUUUUUGAAGGUGCGACAAACACAUUUAGUUUUUCCACUCAAAUUAUUUACAUGGAAUAAUUACAUACUACGUUUAUCGAUAGGCAUUUUAUGAAAUGUUUAACAGAUAUGCCAAAA